CCCUCCUCUACCCGACUACCCCUAUCACACGUGUAAAAUCUCUAUUUAUCAGGGGUAUUUAUGGAACUCCGGAAAAAUCAAACGUACACUUUCGUUUGUACUAAUGGCCGUGCUGCUCGGGUUUGUGUCUGUCUGAAGACUAUGAUAUCUCUCUCUGCUCAGAAACCAAACAUCAUUAAUCUACACGCGAAGUGUUGUUAGGUUACUGGGAAAAUUUCAAUCUUUGGUUUCGGUCUGUUGGGAUUUCAUUUGGGUUGUCGGGUUUGGACAUGGAGACCGGAAUCAUCGGAGUGUCGGAGUCGGGUUUGGAUGUGGGGAAGGAGGACAGGGUUUUGAGGGCGGAGAUCGAUACUUCGGCCCCUUUUCAAUCGGUGAAGGAAGCAGUGAGUCGAUUCGGUGGAGUCGGUUACUGGAAGCCCUCUCAGCUCACCAAUAAGCCUUCUGGGCCUGCGCAACAUGACAUUGAAGAUGUUGACACUGCAAAACUCGAGGAGCAGGCUUUGCAGUUGGAGAAAGAUCUUACUUUGAAAGAAAGGGAAACGCUGGAUGUUCUAAUCGAACUUGAAGAAACCAAAAAGAUAAUUGAUGAGUUGAAAAGGAAGCUACAGGAAGAAGUAUCUGAAGUGAAUGUGGCCCUUGAGGCAAAUGGAGGUAAGGAAUACGUGACUCCUGUGGUAAAUGAAGAGGAUAAGGAAAACCAUGGCAAUGUGGGUGGUCAUUACAAUUCAAUGGGCGGCAUGAUUCCCUGCCCUUCUUCAGCUCCAGGUUUAAUCUUGAUGGAACUGAAGCAGGCGAAAAUGAACCUUACAAGGACUACUACCGAUCUUGCUGACAUUCGAGCUUCAGUUGAAUCAUUGAACAAGAAAUUGGAAAAGGAAAGAACCAUGCUUGAGAAAACCCGUGUGCGGCUAACUUCAAAUUCUUUGAAAGUGUUGUCUCUUGAAGAAGAGUUAAACCAAACAAAACUAAAGCUACAAUUGGCAAAGGAUGGUGAAACUAAAGUUGGUACUUCUAAUUCUUUAGAUAUCAAGGAGCUUCAACGGCUGAGUUCUGAGACUGAGCAGUUCAAAAGAAUGGCUGAAGCUGCAAAGUUAGAGAUCUUGCGAGCAACGUCUGAGAUUGAACAAACAGGACCGAAGAUAAAAACGGCUGAAAUCCGGUUGGUUGCUGCGAGAAAAAUGAAGGAGGCGGCUAGAGCUGUAGAAGCAGUGGCUCUAGCAGAAAUUAAGGCUCUAUCAUACCACGAGAGUUCAUCUGGAGAUUCAUUGCAGAAAUUCGACGACGUAACUCUUUCAUUCGAGGAAUACUCAGCCCUAACCCGCAAAGUUCGAGAUGCAGAGGAACUUUUUAAGAAGAGGGUAACAUAUGCCAUGCUUCAUGUUGAAGAAGCAAACGUGUCAAAAAUGGAAAUCCUGAAAAAAGUAGAGGAAGCAACUGAAGAAGUCAAAACCAGUAAAAAGGAAUUGGAAGAAGCUCUGAAUAGAGUGGAGGCUGCAAAUAGGGGGAAACUGGCAGUUGAAGAAGCUCUCCGCAAAUGGAGAUCCCAGCACGGUCAAAGAAGACGUUCUGUUCACAACUCUACCAAGUUCAAAAAUCCUUGCCCGUCUAAUCACAGGAAAGAUUUGAAGUUACGCGAUGUGAAUGGUCUGAAUCUUGGUAGUGACGGGCCAACACCUGUGUUGAAGCCAACUUUGUCCAUAGGACAAAUACUAAGCAGGAAGCUGCUUUUGCCGGAAGAGGUUGAAAUGGAGGUGGCUGGAAAAAACCCUGUAAAACAAAAGGUGUCACUAGGACAAAUGCUGCAGAAACAAAAUGGUGAUCAACCCUCUUCUGGGAGGUUUGAGAGGGAAAGCAAUAUCAAGAACUGUUCUGGUAAGAGAAAGAAAUCUGGAUUUGCUCGAUUCUCGCUACUCUUGACGAAGCAAAGCAGGAAAAAGAAGAAGCCAACUCCAAACUUGAAGUGAUUCGGCCUGUCAAUCGGCUUAUUAUCUCAAUCAAGAAUUGACUUUAGUUGUAUGUGUGCGCGUCUCAGAUUGUUAUUGCUUAAGAAUUCAUUUCGUUUAGGUUGUAGUCGUUCCCAGACUAUUGUAUCUGUUCAUUAUAUAUGUAACCUUUAUGUGGUGGUUGUGAAGUAAAUGCACCUAGCUAAUGCUAAAGUUCUUCAA